AUGGCAGAAAGUUUGUCAGAGACGCAACAUCUCUCGGGCUGCCUUCCAGAACGUUUAUCUAUACUGGUGAUUGGUGAUUUAGGUCUCGAUGAGUAUGUAACGGGCGAUGUCUCCCGGGUUGCUUUCGACCGCCCUAUUCCAGUACUAAGGGCGAGCGAUACUUUGCGAACUCCCGGAGGAGCUGCGAAUCUUGCUCAGAACCUAGUCAGUCUGGGACCAGAGAUCCAGGUACACUUGCUCGGUGUAGUGGGGGACGAUAGCGCAGGAGCUUCUCUCACUGGCCUUCUUGCUGAACAAGGUAUCUUGACUCAAGAUGUCCAGACUAUCGCAAACAGGCCUACAACACAUAAGCUGCGUGCUGUUGCGCAAAUGGAUCAUUAUCUUGUGCGAAUCGAUAGAGAAUCUACAGAGGCUAUCCCGAAAUCUGUCGAAGAAGUCUUAUUAGCAGCUGUCCGCUCCCAACUUCCACAUGUCCACGGCUUGAUCUGCUCGGAUUACAACAAGGGUUGCUUAACACCUUCUUUGCUUCAGGCAAUCAUAAAUGAAGCACACCUAUCCAAGAAACCGGUGAUUAUCGACCCAAAAGGCGCCUCCGUUAUAAAACCAAACUUGCAAGAACUGCAAACUUUAACCUCAACACCGGUCCACAGCGAUCAAGAAAUCGAUGCAGCAGCAAUGAAGCUAUUGUAUCAUACCAACGUUGAGGCUCUCGUGUUGACAAGAGGCGAAGCUGGAGUCAACAUUUAUGGCCGAGAGGGACUCAUAAAAUCCAUCCCAGCUCAUCACGUUAGAGGAAACGUAUGCGACAUCAAUGGUGCUGGUGAUACAUUUAUGGCCGCAUUUGCGCUUACGUACUGUAAUGGUGCGAGUCUCUUGGAUUCAGCAAAAAUGGGAAAUGCUGCAGCUGGCUUGGUCGUCCGUAGGAAGGGCACGGCUACUGUGUCGCGUGGAGAACUUCUACAGCAACUAUCUCCAGGGCUUCUGAACAUUCCUUCCCCUUUUCGAGAAACCAAGAAAAAGUUCGUGGAUCUUGAUGAGCUGCUACAACAGCUGGAGUCUAUUCGGAAAGCGGGUCCCAGAGUGAUCUUCACGAACGGAUGCUUCGAUUUGCUUCAUGCGGGUCAUGUCGAGCUUCUCGAAGGCGCCAAAUCUCUGGACGGUAUCUUAGUAGUGGCUGUCAACACAGACGAAUCCAUUGCUCAACUGAAAGGUCAUAAGCGUCCUGUCAUCCCACAAUCUCAGAGAGUCCGUGUUUUAGCGGGGCUUGCGUGCGUUGACUUUGUCAUUCUCUUCGAAGACCCGACCCCAAUGAGACUAAUCUCUGCAAUUCGACCCGACGUGUUGGUCAAGGGGGCUGAUUAUGCUAGCCAUCAGGUUGUGGGACGCGAUUUGGUUGAAAGUUGGGGUGGAAAUGUCACUCGGCUGCCUUUGAUUGAGGGGGUCUCAACAACGAGAAUCUUGAGUAAUAUUAUACAGAGGCAGAAAAUGCCGUGA